UCGAACGGUGAGACAUGGCGGAGUUUGUAGUCUGACUGAGAGCGCUCCUGGAGACUUUCCACACUUUUCAACAUGACUAAAGAACUUGAUUUGACGCCGAGGUUGUUUCCGUAGCGCAGGCAAAGCGGGGCUUAAAGAGGCAGAGGCGUCAUUUUUCCGAAAAGGAUAGAGAGCGGCGGUUGGGAAAAUGUGUUGUCAUCUUCAUGCAGUCAACAGCCUUGGGCAACAAAUAUGGCUACUUCUUGUGUAUCCGUCAAUUCGGGUUGAAAACCGUCCUGACUGGGUCGAGCGGGGUAGUUUCGCAGAGUCACGGCAGUAGCCCGAAGUUAAGUUGACUACCAGAAAGAUUAAAAGGCUGGGUUUGUCCCGAGCUGGUAAACAGCGGACGAGCGAAGCGGAGAGGAGAUGGAGCCCAAGCACAAAGAGUUGUUGGAGAAAUGUUACCAGAACUUGGUGGAGUCAAUAACAGAUGCGGACAGAGUUGUGGACGCGUUGGCUCACUGCGGGACCCUAAGCCAGCCAGAGCGCUACGAGCUGGAGCACAACUGCACCUCCAACUCGGAAAAAGUGGACCUUCUGCUGAAGCUACUAAUGAGUAAAGACGGGGACCAUUUCGCAGAGUUUUGCACUGCUCUGGAGACAACACACCCUCACCUGCAAUCUUUAUUGCUGGAUGGCAUUGGACCAGUGGAUCAUACGAGUGGGUCCACUUACAGCGUCUUGUCCACCAUGCCAUCGGACUCAGAAAGCAGCAGCUCUCUCAGCAGCUUAGGUACUCCUGCUCAAGCGUCCUCCCCUCCACCUGCCCACAUGGACAGCCACCAAGUGAAUGAGAAAAUGGAGACCAUUCUGUUAGAGUUGAGACAGGUGACGCGUGAAAGGGAUGAGCUACGCAAACGUCUCGCCCUCUCUUCACCUGGAACCACCUUUGAUGACUGCAGACCGAAUGCAAAAGCAGGUCAUGACUAUGAGCGUCUGAAGCUGCAGUGUAUGAAGGCAAUGGCAGACCUGCAAUCCCUGCAGAACCAGCAUAGCACCACCCUGAAGAGGUGCGAGGAGGCUGUGAAGAAAGCAGACUUCUACCAUACACUGCACAGCCGUCUGGUGAGCGAGCACACCCAGCUGAAAGAGGAGCUCGAGGUGCUGAGACAGGACAACAUCCAGCUGGUCAGGGAGCACAACCAUGUGAAACAGGCCUGCGAGGAGCUCAGGAGGCUGCAUGAUGAUGAUCAGAGGGAAGUAGCUGAUAUGAAGAUGCUACACCAGCAGGUAAUGAGAGAGGGCUCCUCUGAUGUCCUUAACAAACUCUACGACACAGCUGUGGACAAGUUGGAGGCCGUGAAGAGUGACUAUGAGACUCUGAGGAAGUGCUACAAUGACAAGUUGGCCAGUCACAAUGCCGAUUUGAGUCGUUUGGACCAGGCUGAGGAAGAGAACCACCGGCUGCAGAAGCAACUCGACAUGCUGCUGAAACAAAGAGAUGCUGCCAUCCACUAUCAGCAGCAAUACUCUUCUUCAAUAAGAAGGUUUGACAACACCCACCAAGAACUAUCCAAGGCCACAGCCCACAAUAAGGAGCUACAGCGAGAGAUGGAACGGCUGCAGUCUGAGGUGACGCGGCUCAAGACCCAGCAGCUCAAGGCGGCAAAGGACAGCGAGAAGUACAAGGAGGAGCGGGACUCUGUGAUCAGUGAAUAUCGCUUGAUCAUGAGUGAGCGGGAUCAGGUGAUCAAAGAGGUGGACAGGCUCCAGACAGGUCUGGAGAUGGCAGAGGCGAAGCUAAAGAGCACUUCGUCAGAGAGACGGGUGGCCAGUGAGGAGCUGGAGGCUCUCCGACAGGAGCUGGCCUCAGCGCUGGUGGACAGGGACCGAGCAAUCUGUGAAAAGAAUGAGCUGCUGGAGAAAUUCUGUCAUGAGGUCAAGGACAAAGCUGAGGCCCAAAAGGAGCUGAACCAGGCCUGCAAAGACAUCGAAACAGUGCGUGAGGAAAGAGAUGUGGCCCGGAAGGAGAGGACAGAGGCCAUCAUCCAGAGGGACCAGCUGUUGCAAGAGUAUUACCAGGCCAGACAGGAACAGGACUCUGCCACCAUGAACAUGGAACGAGCCACCAAGGAGAUCGAGAUGCUGAGGAAGCAGUAUGAGGCCAUCUCGCAGGAGCUGAAGGAGGCCUUGCAGGAGGCUGAGGUCGCCAAGUGUCGGCGGGACUGGGCCUUCCAGGAGAGGGACAAGAUUGUAGCAGAAAGAGAGAGCAUUCGUACACUGUGUGACAACCUGAGACGAGAAAGGGAUAGAGCUGUGAGUGAUCUGGCAGACGCUCUGAGGAAUCUGGAUGACAUGAGAAAGCAGAAGAACGAUGCGACGCGGGAACUCAAAGAACUAAAAGAAAAGUUGGAAGAUGAGCUGGAAAAGGAAGCAAGAUAUCGUCAGCUGAUGGCCCACAGUUCACAUGAUUCAGCCAUAGACACUGACUCAAUGGAGUGGGAGACAGAAGUUGUAGAAUUUGAGAAGCACAGAGACAUGGAUUUGAAAGCACUUGGAUUUGAUAUUGCUGAAGGGGUAAAUGAUCCCUAUUUACCAGGGGACUGUGGUGUAUUUGUAACUAAGGUGGAUAAAGGAAGUAUUGCUGAGGGAAGAUUAAGGGUAAAUGACUGGUUGCUUAAAAUAAAUGACGUGGACCUGACCAAUAAAGACAGGAAGCAGGUGAUCAAAGCUGUGUUGAGUGGUGAGGGCAUGAUUAAUAUGGUGGUUCGUAGAAGAAAGUCACUAGGAGGACGGAUCAUCACUCCAAUCCAGAUAAACUUAGCUGGACACAAAGACAGUGGACUAGGUUUGGAAAGUGGAGUGUUUGUUGCCACAUUGGCUGCUGGCAGCCCAGCUGCUAAAGACUGCAAUCUCACUGUUGGUGACAGACUGUUAGCUAUCAAUGGAAUUGCGCUCGAUAACAAGUCGCUCUCUGAAUGCGAGUCUCUGCUGAGAAACUGCCGAAAUUCUCUCAGCCUCUCCCUCAUGAAGUUCUUUCCCCAAAGCUGUUCUGGGCAGAGUUUAUAUGAAACUUUGAGAGACUCUGAAAAGAACCCGCGACUCCAGUCCUGUGAGGGCCACACGAGAAACUGCAGAAACUCUAAGCACAAUUGCUCCACACAAACUGACAUUUGUAGCUGUGACUUUGGCAGCAGAGGGGAGGAAGCCUGCAAGGAUACCGGUGACUCCCUGAAUAGCAGCAGUGGCAGCACUCACUCCCACCACAAACCCUUUUCCAAUGGUUCCCCGCAUUCCCGUUCCUUUUCUGCCUCACAUAGUCCUUCGGAACCCCACCCAGAAUUCUGCUACCGGAGGCAGGACCUCCAGCAUCGGCCUUUUACCUUCACCCCUCUUCUGUCCGACUGCAGCUCACCACAGGCUGCUGUGGACCGAGUGCAGAGCUCGCCAGUCAAGCCCAGUGGAGGCACAUGGCCUAAAGUCAUAGUGGGAACUGUUUCAGAGUACACCCAACUGUCCAUCUAUAAGAAGCCCAAACAGAGGAAGUCUAUUUUUGACAUGAAUGCUUUCAGGAGACCUGAUGCAGCCCAAAAACUGGACUACAUGUCCCUGUCUCACUCACCGCAGAGCUCAGUGUCUGAAUCUGCUCAGACACCCCCCACCCCACCAGCAAGGAGCGACUCGUUUAGGUUCAAGCAUCGGCAGCAGAACAGCUCCGCGUCGGACUCCACCAUUACCACCGGCACACCACCAGCAUCCCCUGCCCAAGCUACGAAUCCUAAGGACAAGGGAGAGGUGGGAAACCAAUGCUAUUUCAAUGAUGGCCCUCCAGGAGAGGCCAAGGGCAGCUUCAAGAAACCUGCUGAGGAGGAAGAAGAGGAGGAGAACCGGUACAGGACAGAAGUGCAAGGAAAAAAGAGAUACCGGCCAAAAUCAGCACCAGCACUACGUCGAAAUGUGACUCCAUUGCACAUUCCUGUUCCUAUUCAGGUACAGAGUUUCUCUAACGAUGAACACUCCCCAGAGCCAGUGGACUUGUUACGUUUCUCUCCUAUACGAACCAAUCGGUACAGCGUACAAUAUGCACCCAAAAGCUACAGUAGCAUUGCAUCACACCCUGCACAACGAAGUUUUGCCCCUUGCCCUGCUGUGACGGCUGUCAUGAGGAACCCUGUCUACACAGCCUGGAGCCAUGAGGUCCAGGCCAACAACCCUCCUCCAGCUCCCAGCUCGAGCAGUCAUCCUCAUACACACACAAGCCCCCAGCAUCAAGGUCGCCUCAGUCUGGACCUCAGCCACAAGCGCACUGGAAACCCGACUGAGCGGAGCUGCAGCCAACCACCACACAGUACUAACUCCUUGCCCUGCAGCAACAGAAUGAGCACCUCUGGUACUCAAUUUAGAGCAGAACGGAUUAAGAUCCCUCCAAUUCGUUAUCCUCGCGCCACUGGAUCUGACAAAGGCUCGCUUACACAUUCGGAGGGUAGCAGCCCAACACCUCCAAUGUCCCCUGUCAACCUGGACACAUCGUCUUUCACUAGCAGCCAAUCGCAGAGCUCCAUUUCCACCCAACCUAGGAUAUCAGUCAGCCCUGCUUCAAUUGGUGACAGGCGAAAGGAAGGAUUUGUCUCUUACUGCACUUCCUCUGUUAGACCUCCACUUGGAAUUAAGCCCAAGUUCUUCUCUUUAAGAAGCUUGAGGCCGUACCUGGGGGAGCCACGAAAUGUGACGGUACAGAAGGGAGCAGAACCACUUGGUAUCUCCAUUGUGAGUGGAGAGAAUGGCGGAGUGUUUGUGUCCAAAGUGACAGCAGGUAGCAUUGCUCAUCAAGCUCGAUUAGAGUACGGAGAUCAACUUCUUGAGUUUAAUGGAAUCAACCUUCGCAAUGCCAAUGAGCAGCAGGCACGGCUGGUGAUCGGGCAGCAAUGUGACACGGUCACCAUUUUGGCUCAGUAUAAUCCACACAUGUUUCAGCUGGGGAUUCACUCUCGUUCAGGUUCUCGGAUGGAAUCCAUCAGCAACCAGCCGUCACCCCAUGACAGCGGAGCCACCACACCGGACAAUCACUCCACUGUAGAUUUACUGAGUGAGCAGGAUGAAGGCACGAUUACUCCUGCAUCCAAACAAACGACUCCUGCCACUAGUCCACACAUCUCCUCCAGGCUUCCUGGUUCAAAUCCACGCAGGGUUCCAGAGUAUCGGUUGGUGAGGCUGAAGAGGAUCCACGUGGAGCUGGGAGUUCAGAUCUGUGGAGGGAACCUUUAUGGCAUCUUUGUGGAGAGUUUAGAUGAUGACAGCCCUGCUAGGGGUCCUGAUGGUUUACUGCCUGGAGAUUUGAUGCUGGAGUACAAUGGUGUCAGCAUGAAGAACAAAACUAAAGAAGAUGCUUACCUGGAAUUGUUGAAACCAGCUGAAACGAUCACCUUCAAGGUCCAGAACUAUGCAGACAACCUUGAUGCAGUAAGAGAGAGUACCGGAGAUGGAUUUUUCAUAAGAGCACUUUAUGAGAGAGUGGCAGAAAUGGAGCAGGAGCUAAGCUUUAAGAAAGAUGACAUCCUUUAUGUUGAAGACACACUACCAAAUGGUAAUUUUGGCUUCUGGAUGGCCUGGCAGCUUGAUGAGAGUGCACAGAAACUAGAGAAAGGACAGAUUCCAAGUAAAUACAUGAUGGACCAGGAAUUCUACAGAAGGCACAGCAUGGCUGAUAUGAAGGAUGAAAACGGCACUAGCAGGACGCUGUCUGCUGCUGCUCGGAGGUCAUUCUUUCGCCGGAGGCUAAAGCACAAACGGAGUGGAUCCAAGGAUGGAAAGGACAUGACGGCUUUGGACGCCAUUAGCACAGAUUCUUUACCCAUCACAGAGGACGGCGUGAGCCUCAUGUACCAGCGGGUUCAGAAGGUGGAGUACUCUUCGCCUCGUCCAGUGCUGAUCUUGGGUCCAUUAGUGGAGGCCUGUAAGGACAUGUUGGAGAAGGAGGCUCCUACCAAGUUCUGUCGCUGUUUGCCUGAAAUUAUGAAGGCAUCUCAGCAGGCAAUAGAGCGUGGAGUAAAGGAUUGUGUGUUCAUUGAUUACAAACGGAGGAGUGGGCAUUUUGACGUGACAACAGUCGCCUCAAUAAAAGAAAUCACAGAAAAGGACUGUCACUGCUUACUUGACAUUGCCCCUCACGCCAUUGAACGUCUUCACAUGGUUCACAUCUACCCAAUCAUCAUAUUCAUCCGCUACAAAAAUGCCAAGCAGAUAAAAGAGCAGAAGGACCCUUUGUACCUGCGGGAUAAACUGUCUCAGAAACAUUCCAGGGAGCAGUUUGAGGCAGCGCAGAAAAUAGAGCAGGACUACAGCCGCUUCUUCACAGGUAUUGUCCAGGGAGGCAGCGUCUCCUACAUUUGCACUCAGAUCAUGACCAUCGUGGAGCAGGAACAGAGUAAAGUACUGUGGAUUCCAGAUGGAGCCCUGUAAAAGUAUCUCCCCUUGUUCAUGUCAACCAGAAACAUUCCAGGAUGUAGCGAAGAUGUUCAAAUCCAGCAGUUCACAGCCGACUCGAUGGUUAACAUCCAAUACUUCUCACUUACAGCAAUAUCAGCACACAUGAUUUGCAAUAUUCCUACUACAGUAAUUAUGUAGUACAGAGACUUGUUUACACUAGUCUUCAAUACUUGAAUUGUGUAUUCCCUCAUAUUCAGUAGCACUCCUUUAAUCCCUUGAAUUGUCAGACCACAGGGACUCUGCAUCAACUCCAAACUGAAGAUGGACCACUGUGUUCCCUCCUUGAUAUUUAUGUCUUCUCUUGCCAUUUAAUUUAUCUAAUCAAGUCAAAGAUGUUGGUUAUGAUCCUUUGUUAUACAACUGUAGCUCUCUAGUGAAUAAUGUUCUUAUUUAUAGAGGAGAAAUUGCUUCCUUCACAUUAUGUCAGUCUUUAUUUGGAUCAUUUCACUCCUCUCAUAUAAUAUUGUGCCAAGCUAAAUAUAUUUAAUACACCACACUUAUUAACACUGCAAUUUUCCUUGUAAAUCACGCAGCAGGUUUGCUAGUUUCUGCCAAUAUUCUUUGUCAGGUGGAUUUUUAUUUUUUUAUUUUUUUUUUGUUUUUAAAUUUAAGAAGGGAUUUUAUUUUAUUUUUUUCAUCUGUUGGCUAAACACAUGUACGUGUUCCUCGAAUUUUCACGUCAAUCACGUUGAGCAUUUCAUCUGGAUGUCAGAUAAAACACUUUACAUCAGGCUUUCUCCAAAUGAAGGUUAUUGUUUCUAUAAAAUAUUAAA